AGCAAUCAAUAAUUCUCUAUCCUACCCGCCGCCACCACUUCCACAUCAGGCGGUCUUGGUGGCAGCGGUGGCGGCGGUGGCGGCGGCGACGGCGGCGGGGAUAUGUGAUGAAAAUUGCAAUCGAUUAAUCGACCCUUCAUUAGAAUGGUGUGUUUGUUAGCCCCGCGUUUCCGUCGUGUUGUGUAUUUGUGUGUGUGUGUGUUUGUGUGUUUUGCGUUGGCCCAAAACAGCAUCCCAUUUUCGCGGCAAAGUUUUGCUAGUUUGUGCGGCAGGAGUGGUUAAACGCAUAGCGUUUUGGGUGUAGCAAGAGAAUUAACAUCAUCACGAGCAAUAACAACAACAAAAAACUACCAUAAUCAUUCGAGAGAAAACGAUUAGGCAAGAAGACCAAUAACAAUAACAAUUUUAUUAGACUCCAAUUCAUACCGCUGCUUGCGUACACACGCAUACAUUCACGUAGCUUCCGUGGGGUGUGUGUGUGUGUGUGGGCGUGUGGGCUCGCGUGUGUUUAUGUGCGCGCUCGCAUUUGCAGCUGUGUGCGUGGUUAUGCUCACGGCACAAGAGAGAGACUGGCAAAGAAAGGUAAAGCGAAGAAGCAGUUUCUUCUGCUUUCUCUAUCCGGCCGCUGCUACCGAUUCAAGGAUUCUUGUUGCGCUGGUACACAUUCGCAAAUUUGGCUGUGUGUUUGUACCGAUUUGAGGUGUAUGUGUGUGCAUGGUAUGGCAAACUUAAACUUCCAACAACCGCCCAGAAGCAUACCGAGCAGUGUGUCCUUAAGCGGGAGAGGAGGAGGAGGCGGCGGCGGGGGAGGCAACAGUAGCGUGGUGGGCGGUGCCGCCGGAGCCUUCAGCAAUAGUGCGCUGUCCGGUGCCGGAGGCCAUGUUACCCCAACGUCCGGUAUGUUCCCUUCGGUGGUCGGCGGCAGUGGUGGCCCCUUCGGACAGAACGCUACACCUCCGUCGCAGCAGCAAAGCAAUCAGUCCUCCGCGUCGGUGGCGCCCCUCUCGCCCAGCGCGAACGGUGCCGGCAGUGGCAAUCCCGGACGGCCGGGCGCGGGCUCGGGCGUUAUGGGCGGCGCGAGCGGACCGAACGGCGGUGGCGGUGCAGGCGGCGGUGCGGGGCUCGCUAGCAAUGGUCCCAACAGUAGUCAGCAGCAACUGUCCUCCACCAGCAAUGCGCUAACGGGAGGGGGCCGAAUUAGUACCCUGUUCGGUGGAGCCGGCGGCCAGCAGCGUGGCGGUGGGGGCGGUGGCGGUGCUGGAAGUGGUUCGGUCGCUUUCCCGGACCGGAGGAUACUCUCCAGCGUGGGCGGCACAUCGAUGUCCAACAUGGUUUCGUUCAUGCAGUCGCGAGGAUACGGAUCUCAAAGUGGGAAUAGCAUCAACAACUACCACGGUGUGUUCGACGGCAGUGCGGCGGAAACUGGCACCCCGCCCCUGCUCGAUCUCUCCGAAUUUCCCUCGCUCACGAACGCACGCGGUGGCCAGAACGAUCAAUCCCUGCCGCAGUCGAACGCGCUGCAACCGCCGGGCAGUAAACCGUACGUUGGCAUGGUAAAACAACCGACGUCCGAACAGAUUGCGUUUACGAUGUCGAACGAAGACUUUCCAGCGCUGCCCGGCACGCAGAACGCCGAAGGAAGCCAGAUGGGUGCGGCCAGCCAGGGCCUGCAGGGCGUGCACCAUCAUCACCAUCCGGACCAUCACGGCGGCACGGACAGUUUGGGGGGCAAGGGUGCCGGCGGCAGCGGACAGGUGGGCAGUGCGGCAGGCAUGGGCAUGGACCUGCAGAGUGAUUCCGGCAAUUCCAACGUUAACAUGGACAAAGGAGCAAUGAAGCGAGGCGUACAAACAUCACCCAAUGGAACGGUAACGAACAUCCCUGCCAGUAUGGUGAACAACCAGUUCGGUAUGGUGGGCCUGCUAACGUUCCUCCGGGCGGCGGAAACGGAUCCCAAUCUGGUGACGCUAGCGAUGGGGCAGGAUUUGAUGGCGCUGGGUUUGAAUCUGACCGCGGUGGAAAACCUGUACCCGUGCUUUGGCGGCCCCUUCGCUGAUGCGCCCGCGAGGCCUCAGGAUAUCGAGUACCACGUACCACCAGAGUAUUUGAUCAACAUGUCAAUAAGGGACAAGCUGUCGAAGCUAACGCUGCAGAAGUAUAAGGAUGAUCUAUUAUUUUAUUUAUUUUACACGAACGUGGGUGAUAUGAUGCAAUUAGCAGCGGCUGCCGAACUGCACAGUAGAGAUUGGCGAUAUCAUACGGAGGAGAAGGUGUGGAUAACCCGUGUGCCCGGCAUGACACCGUACGAGAAGAAUGGCACAACCGAGCGUGGCACGUACUACUACUUCGAUGCGCAAACUUGGCGGCGAGUGCCAAAAGAAUUUCAAGUGGAUACAAUGAAGUUAGAUAAAUGUCCAAACAUAAGUGCUUACGUUACGAUGAGUGGACAGCCUGUAUAAUAUUUAUUAAUUUGUAAUUAAACCAGAAAAUCACGGUCAGAAA